ACAUAUAUUCCAUUGUCUAGUUCACUUUUGCUCCUUGUCCCUUGAAAUACUAUAUAUAUGAACUUAGAAAUGGCUAGCAAUUUGAAAAAAUGACCUUAGAUGUUGCAAUGGAAGAUGGCUUAAAGUGCGUCAAAAUUGAACAACGCGAAGAAGAUGAAGAGAACAAUGAAUCAUCGAUAUUGAUUCCUGGCUUGCCAAAUCACUUAGCUCAUCUUUGUCUUUCCAAUCUUCAUCCUUCACUUCUUUAUGGCAUUUGCAAAUCAUGGCGACGCCUUAUUUACACCACAUCUUUUCCUCAUUUUUACUGUCUUUAUGUUGUAUGCUCUCGAAGUAGAGCAUACAACAACAGUACUAAUACUGCUAGUACUAGUAGCAGUAUUAUUAAGCAGUACACAGACAGAGAACAAAAUUCCAUAGAGUUUUUCUGCUUUGAUCCAAUCUCUUCUAAGUGGAGUAAGUUACCAAAUCCACCUUCAUCAGAUCCACCAAUUCGAAUACUACGCCAUCAUCCAUCUUUUAUAUCAAGGAGCCUUUCGAUUCAAUCGUUAACGGUUGCAGAAAGAAUGGUUCUUAUUGCUGCCACUACUCACAAGUUUCUCCCAGCAAUUGAACGUCCAUUGGGGUUUAAUCCAUUGUGUAAUGAAUGGUUCUUUGGCCCUCCGUUGGCUGCGCCGCGGCGAUGGUGUGGUUCGAGCUCUGUAAAUGGAAAUGUGUAUGUAGCAAGUGGCAUGGGCUCAACAUAUCAUAGUGAUGUAGCAAGGUCUUUAGAGAAAUGGGAUGUGAACGAGAAGGCUCAUGAGAAAUGGAAGUGGGAGAAAUUGGCAGGGUUAAAAGAUGGAAAAUUUAGUAGAGAAUUUGUUGAUGCUAUUGGCUAUAGAGGGAAACUAUGCAUGGUAAAUAACAAAGGACACGCUGCAAAAGAAAGCGCGGUUUACGACAUAGCAAAAGAUGAAUGGAAAGAGAUGCCAGAGGGAAUGCUAGGAGGAUGGAAUGGGCCAGCAGCAGCAGCAGCAUCAACAACAACAACAAUAAAUGAUGAAAGUCAUGAUGAGAUGUACGUAGUGGAUGAGAUAAAGGGGUCAUUGAGCAAAUAUGUACCAGAAAUUGAUCAGUGGGAAGAGUUGAUUGAGUCUUGUGAUGAUUUGAAAGGAGCUGAACAAAUCAGUGUUGGAGGAGGAAGAGUUUGUGCCAUUUGUGAUGAUGGAAGAUUGAUAGUUGUGGUGGAUGUUGCAGCAAAGCCAGCAAAUGUGAUUGGAGUUGUGAGUACUCCACCUGAGAUGGAGGCAAUUGCUUUGCAUAUACUGCCAAGGAUUAAUGCUGACAAAUUGCCUCAAAGCCGGAGAUUUUAGUAGGUUGGUUGGUUGGCUAUCUGAGUUUUUCACCUUGGUGGUAAUAAAUUGUUUGGAUUGUUGUUACAUGUUAGUAUUAUAUUGUGUUUUGUUGUUAGUUUAAACACAAUGUUUGUUGUGUUCGUUAUCUAAAUUUUAUUGUAUCUUAUUGUUAAAUUCACUAUUAGGACCAUUUAUGUAAGAUUGAUGUGAUACGAUCAUGCUGUUAUUUUUUUUAAUGAUGCCAAACAACUUUUUUGCCUUUCA